AUGGCUUGUUCCUGGUACUACGUCGGCGCUGCCGAUGUGGCUGACGGAUGGGUCGCCAGAGCCGGCGCGCUUGACAGAUCGUUCGUUUACAGGUACACCACAUCUCUCUAUUGGAUGUUCUGCUGCUUCGGCUUUGGUGUCACCGAAACAGACCCGAAAACAGACUUGGAGAUUCUCUUUGGCAUUAUGGCUGCAGCUGUGGCACUUCUCAUCUUUGCUGUGCUCUUGGAUACCAUCACAAGCAACAGCGCAAAGCUGAGCAAGGUUGCGGACGAGCACCGGGAGCACUUCAGACAGCUGAGACGUUUCCUUGCACAUGCCGGAGUGGAUGCUAGCCUUCGGCUACGUAUAACACUGUUCUUGGAGCGUGCAUAUGCCAUGAAUCAAGAAGGUCGUCCCGAGUCUGAGGUACCUGUGCUGCAGCUCCUUUCGAAACCAUUGAAGCGUGAAUUGCAGUUCGCUAGAUACGAGACUCAGCUACGAGAAGUUGGGUUCUCGAAAUAUCUGCUAUCACUCAGACUGUCCGGUAAUGAACCUGACAUGCUUGUGCUGGAGUACCUGGCCACCCGCGCAAUCUCUCAGGCCAGCUUUCCGGCAGGUGAGGCCGUCUUUGAAUCGGGGGCAGCUGCGCGUGGCGGCUAUUUCGUGGUCUUUGGAGUUGUACUAUACAAAGCGAACAUGAGUCGCUCAAGAGUUCCCAAGGACCGGUGGAUCAGUGAGAUGACUUACUGGACGCCUUGGUGCCACUGUGGUGAUCUCGUUACAAAGACCGAGUCCAACCUGCUAAGCCUGCUCGAGUCCGAGUUCUCGGCUUGCAUAGAGCGCUUUUGGGAUGUAUACUCCUGCGCACGAGCGUAUGCGAGACAGUAUGUGAACUCCAUGAACGAGCAGGGCACUGUCACAGACUUGUGGCAAUAUCGAAGCGCUUCGAAGAGCAGCUCGGGCGGCUCAGUUGUUGCGAAGCCCACGGCCUUUGCACGGCUGUUCAGCAACUUCGUGUCCAGCAUGGCGCAUGGUGAGGACAAGAUCCUGCCAGUCGACAUGCAGUAG